AUCUGGCCGUCAGCAUCGUCUGCUUCUUCGGUGCCCUCGCCCUGACAGCCGAAGUGGUCGUCGGCGGGCUGAUCCCCAUCUUCAUCCUGGAGUACGCCGGCGUGGACCCGCACUACAUCAACGAGGUCGACUUCACGGACCGGAGCCGCGGCCCACCCGGCAGCCCCCUGACGGUGCUCCCCAAGGGCGUCCGGCCGCCGGACCUGGGGCGCAUCACGCUGCUGGUGACGAUCCCGCUGCUGACCAACGGCAUCGCGUCCUACUUCCUCGUGCCGCUGAGCAUCGCCGUCGGCCGCCGGCCCAUCCUCCUCCUCGCGUCGACCUGCGCCUGGGUCGGCGGCCUCUGGGCCGCCAUGAGCACCAGCCUCAGCUCGCACCUCUUCGCCAGGGCGCUGCAGGGGCUCGGCGCCGGCGCCGUCGAGGCGCUGAUCCCGCUCGUGGUCCAGGACAUGUUCUUCUUGCACCAGCGCAACACGUGGAUGUCGGUCGUCGUGUCGUCGCAGGGCCUGCUCAUCAUCUCGGUCGGCAUCGCGACGCCGUACAUUGCUGCAAACUACUCGUGGCGCUGGAUCUACUGGAUCACGUCCGGGUUCGGGGUGUUUGCCUGGGUGCUGCUGCUGUUCUUCAUGCCUGAGACACGCUUCACUAGGUCCAAGAAGGCUCUUGUCGGCGAAGCAAUCUACCCCCUCGAGGAGGGCGAGGACCGCCCUCAGAUCGACCACCUCAACUACGCGCCGCGCACCAUCUGGACCGAGAUCGGCGUGUUCAACUGCGGGUUCGAGUGGCGCGAGGCGGGCAUCAGCAUGCUCAACACGCUGCGGACGACGCUGUUCCCCGUGGUGAUCUGGACGACGCUGAUGAACAGCGCCUUCAUCAUCGCGGCGCAGGCCACGCAGCAGAUCUCGGCCUUUGCGCUGCUGGCGCAGGGGUGGCGGUACGAGCACACGGGCCUGUCGUUUGCGCCGUUUGUGGUGGCCGCCCUCUUCGUCUACGUCUUUGCCGGCCCCGUCGCCGACAAGCUCAGCCUCGCCACCACGAGGUGGCAGGCCCGGCACAUGGGCAGCCGGCGGUCCGGCGGGUCCGGCAGCGACAGCGAGGAUUGCGUGCUCGAGACGGUCCCGGCCGAGAACCUCCGCGAGGCCGAGCACACGCUGCCCAACUUUGUGCUGCCGUUCCUGGCGGGCAUCGCGGGGGCGUUCCUGUUUGGGGCGUCGGCGCAGCAGAACCUGCACUGGGCCAUCACGCUCACGGGGUCGUUCCUCAUCAUCUUUGGGUACCUGACCACGCUGACGCUGGCCAACGUCUUUGCCAUCGAGAGCUACCCCAUGUGGGCGGGCCCCGUGCUGGUCAACGUCAGCAGCAUGCGCAUCAUGAUCGCCUUCUUCAUGGCCAGCCAGGCCACCAGCUGGGUGCAGACAAAGGGCGCCAUGGCGACCUUUGCCAUCUACGGCGAGACCCUCAUCGUGGUCAGCCUGGGCAUCGUGGUGCUCUUCUUCUUUGGGAAGAAGAUCCGGAGCUGGACGGCGGGCAAGGUCAAGCUCAGCGUCGUCAGCGAGGAUCGGGACCAGCAGGACGGGGGUAAUCGCGGCAGCAAGGGGUUAAGUAGUGGGGUUAGGGGUCUGCGGAGGAAAAGUCAGGGUUUCGAGAUGAUCUGAUUGUGGGGUUUUUGGUUGGGCAUGUGUAUACCUAGUAAGUAUACGACGGUGAGGGGAGGAAGAAGAAGAAGAAGAAGAAAAAAAGUAUGGGAAUAUCCAAGGGGGGAAUGGAAAGAUGACGAAAGGAAAGCUUGUGCAUUUGUCGGCGUUUGGGAAAAAAGACUGCGAGGUCUUUAGUCUCUGCUUUUUUUUGCAUCCUUUACCACCGAUAUUGACCCGGUGCAAUCAAGGAACAACCCAGAGGUCACUACUAGAUGAACCAACCCAUCCACACCCGGUCUAGAACCAUAUCUAGCAUUGUAGAAAAAAUGAAACAAAGACAGGUGGA